GCAACAUAGGAGCCGAAGCGCGAGAACACCAGUUUUUUCUCCACAAACGCCAAGAAUCAAAAAUGGAGUCUCCCAUCAAUCCGGCAGUGUGGCAGGUGCUGUACAACGCCGCCCUCGGCACCCUCUCCGCUGCUGCGCUCUACUCCGUCUACCACCAGAAGUACGACAUGGAGUCCGGCCAGCGUGCGCUGUUUGUGGAACUGGCCAAGGCGACCGCCGAGGAAGACCGCAUCGCGAAGUUGGCCGCGAUCGAGGCGGGCUGCCGCCCUGAGGUGGUGCGUCGUCAGCCCGCUGCUCGCAUGAGCGCCCUCAAGUACGGAGCGCCGGUGGUGCAGAUGGCAAAGCUGCAGAAGGACGGCGCCAACGUGGCGAGCGUGCGGGCGGCGGUGAAGGUCAUUCUGUACAUCUACGGCCCUGACGAGAGUGGACGCGCACAGCUGCAGAGCCUCGGCGGGUUCAAGACGCUGCUCACGACGCUCAGCGAGGCGCAGCGGCAAGGCGAGGAGGAGCUGAUGGAGGAGGUCGCGCAGGCGCUGAAUGCGCUGACGGAGGUGGAUGACUCCGAGGUGGUGCUGGACACCGACGUGCCGGCGGGCAGCGAGGGUGCUGCGGCACUGGCACGCAUGCCGGCCACCGUAAAGAUGCUCCGCAUCCUUGACCCGGAAGGCUCGGUGACCUUCCUCAUCUCCAUGACCGGCAUCUUCGCGAACAUCUGCACUCUGACAGAGGGCGCGACGAACGUCGGCCGCGGUACGGACGGCCACUCCGGUAUGUCGUACUUCCUACACCUCCUCGACCACACCAACCGCCGCGUCGUGGCGAACGCCGUGACUGUGGUCCGCUUCUUCGCCCGCGCGCAGAUCGGUCAGGAGGAGCUGGUGGAGACGGAGAACAUCACCCGCCUGGCCGACAGCCUGCAGGUGACGGCGGAGCCGGUGGUGGUGAACUCCAUCCUGACGGUGAUUCUCGUGAUGGCGGGCAGCAAAAAAUACGGCGAGGCCUUCUUCUCUGGCGUGGCCUCGAGCACCAUCCCUGCCACGCUCUUUGAGCUGUGGGUUCGCGGCUCCGAGAAACCGCUGCGCAGCCGUGCGGAAGUGCUCUCCCGCCUGCUGCUGCGCAUCCCCCAGACGGCACCGGUCGUCGCCGCGUUGUUUGAGCGCUUCCGCGUGCAAAUUGAGGAGCGCCGCCGCCGCGACGAGGAGGAGUACAAGCAGCAGAUGCAGCAGAUGCAGCAGAACCAAAUGAUGCAGCGCAUGAUGAUGGAGCAGAUGGGCAUGGACCCUUCGAUGAUGGGGUAA